ACAUACCUGUCAAAUAUCUCGUGAUUCUGAAAAAAACAGUUGUUAUUUUCAGCCCCUUUGUCUUUGAAAAGAAAAUUGCGAGAAAAUUUUACGAUGUCAGGUCAAAUGUGUGGUGGUUUAGGCGAAAAAAAGCAAGCUACGGCAGAGACACAAAAGCUUAUUGAUUCGGUUAGUAGAAAUGUUUGAUUUUCACAUGCCUAGACAAGGCUAGUUAUGUGCUUAUCUUGACGCCAAUCGCAUCAUUAUAACUAAUGUUUUUGUCCACAAUCUUACAGUAACUGAUUUGAGCGUUAAAGUUGUAGUUAGUUUUUUCUGGGUUAUAAAAUCAUAUCCAGUGUAAACCCCAGACAAGGGAAGACCCAAUGAUAUUUGAUAUGGUUUGAUACCAUAAGCUGAUAUAACCCAUAUAUUUGAGGGGCUGUAAUGUGGUAAUUAUCCUUGCAGCUGAGAGCUAAGAAAGACAAUUUUACAACUAAUCUAAAUAGAAGAUUUCUAUCAACUUUGUUUUAAGAAUGUCUUGCAGCUUCCUGCCUCAUAUAAACAGCACUUAACCUUUGGCAAUGCACUCAAGAGGCACUUUAUUUUAUUAUUUUACUCUGUCUAAUGCCAGAUACUUUUACUUGUCAAAGGGAGAGUGCUGUCACUCAAUGGGUUAAACAUGCAACACAGCCUAAUGUGCCUUUGUUAUUUUACUCUGUCUAAUACCAUAGAUAAUGUUAUUCGGAAGGAAAGUGGUGGGCAAUUCAGUUCAAUGGGUUAACAAGACUACCUAAUAUUCCCAUUGUACUCUGUCUAAUGCAAGACAGUUUUACUCCUCAAGGGUGAAACUAGACUGUGCUAAAGGCUUCAGGCAGUGUUAUGCAAUUGUCAUCAGAAACCUCUUUCCAUAAAUUGGUAUUUUGGGGAACCAAUGUAAUCACCACCCUGGCAUUCAUAUUUACCCAUUAUAUCACAUCUUACACACCAUUACUUUCCGGUGAAGGAAAACUGCUAUACCAUCUUUAGAUAUCACAAUGUUCAAUCAUAUCAAAGCUAAAUAUUCUUGCAUGAAUUUUAGGUCCGUUCUGCUGCAGAAACCAAAGCAGGCCAGACAUUUGAGAAAUAUGAAGCAAUAUCAUUUAAAAGUCAAGUUGUUGCUGGAACAAAUUAUUUUGUCAAGGUAAUAUGGUAGUUCUGAUCAAAACUCAACAAACUUUAUAGCUCUACAGUUCUAAACUGUUCCUCCUAGAGGUCCAGUAAGGUUCAUCUCUUACUGUUCUUCCUAGAGGUCCAGUAAGGAUCAUCUCUUAUUGAUCCAGUGUUACUACAGGAGGAAACUUGAACUAAACUAACUUUAUUUAUACUGCAUGGAUAACUCUAUCAGUUCUAAACUGUUCUUCCUAGAGGUCCAGUAAGGAUCAUCUCUUAUUGAUCCAGUGUUACUACAGGAGGAAACUUGAACUAAACUAACUUUAUUUAUACUGCAUGGAUAACUCUAUCAGUUCUAAACUGUUCUUCCUAGAGGUCCAGUAAGAUCAUCUCUUAUUGAUCCAGUGUUACUACAAGAGGAAACCUAAACUAUAAACUAAUUUAAACCUAAAAUAAACUUUAUUUAUACUGGAUAAUGACAAUAACUGUUUUUUAACUAUAACUGGGUUUUUUUCAGGUUGAUGUAGGUUGUGACAAAUAUGUUCAUCUCCGUGUGUAUCAACCUCUGCCGCACACUGGACAGCCAGCAGAGCUCAGUGGCAUACAACUGAACAAGACUGCCGAUGAUGAAAUUGAAUAUUUUUAAUGUUUAGGGAACUUUAACACAUUAUACAUUCAUUGAUGUUCAAAAUGGCAAAUAAACCUAAUUUAAACUAUUUCAAAGCUGUAGUUGUGUUACAUUGAUAGACUAUAGCUUUGUAUCCGAUCAAAUUUAAAAGAUUAGUCACAAGAAUAUAGCCUCGUAGACCACAUAUUAGAUGCAUUACCGGUAUAGGCAUGAGUACUUAAAAUGCUAAUUACAAACAUCACUUGUUUCUACAUGUACUGCAUAUGAACUGAUUCACUUUACAAGUUGUUUACAACAUUUACGUAGAAGUUGCAUUAAAUAUAUCUCGAACGGUCUGGGCCAGUGUAGGUAGCGACGACAAGACAGCUUUGGUUUGUGAGAGCUACAACUGCCUGAAAAAUACAAUCAGAACUUCGACGUUUCGAAGUAAAAGCAAAUUACUGUCGUUCCAAUUGAAGUGUUGCUCAAAUAUUGAUUCAAUACAUUACCUCGGGCUGACCAAUUCAUUUGAUCAAGUUCCUUGAGAUAUUCAUACACUUCCUGUGAAAGAGCCAAUUCCAAGUAUUUGAUCAUUUCUGGUCACUUCCUUUCUAUUUAUGAUUGGUUAGUUCCACAAACAACAAAGGUGAUUGGUGCAUUCAAACUAUUCAACAGGAAGUUUACAAUUAUACUAGGAAGUGUAUGAAUAUCUCGAGGAACUUGAUCAAAUGAAUUGGUCAGCCCGAGGUAAUGUAUUGAAUCAAUAUUUGAGCAACACUUCAAUUGGAACGACAGUAAAUAGUUGUACAUUCCGAGCAAUACAUUAUAAAACCAAAAGUGGUUCUUUUCAAAAUAAAAUUUUAUUUCUAUUUUCUAUCAAAAUAUAAGUUAAGGUUUUACCCAAUCAUGUUACAUCAAAGUGAUGGCGGCUUAAAAACUUUCCAACAUUUUUCAUUGAAGACCUUGGGAAAAUAAUGUAUGUU